UUUGCAAAUGAGAUUGUUUUUAGUGUAUGCGUCUUUUUCUGCUCUGAGAAUUCACAUUUUUUAGGAAAAUAAGAUUAAAAUAUUUUUAUAAAUAUUAAUUUUUCAUUUUAGAUUUUACUACUAAGAUGAUUUGGUUAGUAUUAUUUAUUUUUUUUUUCAAUGGAAUAUGUAUAACAAAUGGGUUCCCUGUGGACAUGUCAUCAAAAGAACUGGUCAACACAAACAAUACACAAAGCACAAGCACGACAACCCCACAAAUUCAAGAAGGUGACAAAGAUUCUAUUAAAGGCAAUUUCAUGGCUACAUCAAAGUUUUGGGGUCCAAUUCUUUCAGCAUUACUUCUAUUUAUUGUUGGUGUUUUUGUUAAUUUCCGAAAGUUGAUUGUUAAUUUUUCUGAUGGAUAUCGUAAAACAUACAAGAAACGAUAUGAUGAUUGUCACAAGAUUCACAGCAAUUGGUGGUCCUACCUUUCGUUUUGUGGUAUUGGAAGUUCCCUUCGAAUCUUUUUCUCUCAAUUUAAUUCAAUCUGGAACAUAUGCAAAAAGAAAAAUGUAAAAGAUAGAACAGUUACUGUAUCCAGUUGGAGUGGUAUUUUUAAAACUUGCCCAAAAUUAUCUUGGAAGGAUGUUCUAGAAAUGAUGAGGAGUUAUGAUAAGUAUUUUCUUCACCACUAUAACUUUUGUUCAUAUGAGGAGUGUCCACAUGAUGACUACAAAUUUUGCUGUGGUCUAAUGAUGGAGCCUGUGUACUAUUUUGUUGUCGUAGAUUGGAAUAGUAAAAAUCAAGGCAAGUAUGAAAUUCAAAACUUAACUUUGGAGGAUAAUGUUGCACUAACUGUUAUGGACAGAGAUCACCGACCUCCUGGAUAUGCAAACUUACCGAAUGAGCAACCCAAUAGUGAGCUGAAGAAAUCUUUGGAAGAUAUGAAAGGACAAUUUAAAAAAAUAUGUUUGGUCUUAUUGAAUUUUCCAACAGAAAUUUCAGAAAAUCAUGCUGCAAUAAAAGCAAUACACAACUUCAUUACUGAUUACAAUGUCAAAUUGAUUUACAAAAGUUGGGUUGAAACUUCGAGAGAUGAGGUUGAAUCUUCAACAGACAACGUCAACGAUUCUUUACCUCUUCUUGAACCAGGAACGCAUUCACAUUAUGAAACUGUCAAGCCUUCAAAUGAGGACUAUAUGAAGUCUAAACCACGAAGUUCGACUCACGGAAAACCAAAAGAAUACAAACCUGCUCAUAAUAAAACAAAUGUAGGAAACAUGGAUCCUUGCAAAAUCAGUUCAAAUGGAACAGUAGUAGUGGAUGAGACGACCCCCCUUGAGGAGACUCCUGCCAAGAAACGCCAAUCGAAAGAUGCAGAUUUUUUUAACAAACCAUUAGAUGAUUUAAAAUUUACCGAAUUGUGCAAAAAGUUAGACUCCGCCCUUCCACCAUGCAAUGUAGACGCGGUUGCACGAGCCUGUGACUUUACGCUGGAGGAAAUGGUGCAGUUACAAUUGCACAGGGCCGGUGGUGGGAGCCCCGCACUGACGUUUUUGCGGACAUUAGUCUUGUCAGAGGAGGGUGAAAGAAGCAUAGAAGACCUUAAGGAAUGCUUCAAAGCAAAAAAAAUACCAAAAGCAGCUUUAAAUGUUUUAAAAACUUUUUCUGAUGUAGAUCACAUUUGUAAUUUAACAGAGGAUCAGCUCGAUCAACUUGCACAAAAACUUCAAUUUCAACCUUAUGUGUCAUUGCCAGAUUGGAAAGACGUGGCAGACUAUUUUAACAUGCACCGACUAAUUCCGAAUUGUCAACAAGCAGUCAAACAGAAUAAUUCUUAUUCUCCUACAUUUUAUUUAGUACAACUUUUGAGCACGAGAGGGUGCACUAUUGGAAAAUUUCUAGAAGUGUUGAGAAAAGUUAAUAAACAAGCUGUUGAAAUGGUUGAGCAGCAAGCGAAAACUGCAUAAAAUGUUUCAGGUUUAGCAUGGUACCAACAAUAUUCUCAAUUUUUAGCCUGAUACUUGUUUUAAAGAUUAGUACAACAAAAGAAUCCCAUAGUGUAUAUAGAUUCAUGUAAAGUUUUACCCAACUGUUGGAGUAAAAACUUUUUAUUUUUCCUGUUAUUUUCAUUUAUAACGUAUAUGCCAACAUGGUACUAAACUUCGCUUGCGUAAUUAGAAUUUUAUAUUUUUAAAUUUUUAUUAGAAGUUCAGUUUUUAGUAUUUUAUAGAAUCUUUUAUCUCGAAUUUGUUUUAGUUGUAUAUAUUAUAGUAGAUGGAAUUGUGUGUUGCUAUAUAUGGACUGUGUGUUCCUAUAUAUGGAGUGCGUGUUGCUAUAUAUGGAAUUGUGUGUUCCUAUAUAUGGAGUGCGUGUUGCUAUAUAUGGACUGUGUGUUCCUUCAGAGCUAUUAAAAGGAGCAAAUAACUAGAUUAUCUUUUUUUAAAUAUUCGAAUUUAUUUAGAUAUAUUUCCUUUAUAUCACAAUCAGUAAGUUUAAGCGGUAACGUGAUGUUUUAACCUUACAGAAUGUUGGCUAAAAUACUGAAGUGGUUUUUUUGCUCUCCAUCACGCUCCCCCACUGCUAUAUUAAUACUUUAUUUAUUAUUGAAAUUUGUAUUUAAAAAAUAUAUAUGUACUUGAUAACUUA